UUUACCUACGAUACAAUGUAGCACUGAGACCGUCAACCCGUGUUCAUAAACCUCAGAUAAAUAAAACAACACACCGUCGCGUACAGGGUUACAACCACUAACUAGACACUGGGGUCUUCGUAUACUAAUAACUGCUCUAUGCGUCUGAGAAAAGGGGAUCUGAGUGUGUAGCCUGCGGGUGAACAAGCAACGCGGACGGGGUAAAGAGUCAUUCGAGGGACACUGGACAACCAGAUGCAUUCCUAAAUCUGCUGCUGGCCUCGGUAUGGGCAUUAUAGAGGAGACCGAUGUAGAGCAGGUGACCCUGGCUCUUUUGGAUGCUGCCAAUGACAGGGAUCCAGUGGUGCAGGAGCAGGUCAGGAAGUCGAUCUUGACACUGGGGAACCAACAGCCUGAUAAGGUCCUGUCCAUGUGCCAGGACUACCUGAUCAAACAUCCCAAGCUGGUGGUCGGGCACAGAGUGGUGGUCUUGCAAACCAUUGAGUUGGUGGUGAAGAGCAGGAUUGAUGACAUCAGUUACCCGAAUAUCAAGAAUGUCAUACAGCUGGCAUCAGAUGAGAUGACAAAGUCAAAGGACGUUGUCCCAGAAUGGCAGCAAGCAGCUAGUAAUAUUUUGGUUGCCGUGGGCAACAAAUAUAUCAAUGACAUUAUGGAGGAGAUUCUCAGCAAGUUCCAGCCAGGAGUUUUGCCGCACUUCUUUGUGGUCCAAACACUAGCCAAUCUGUCAGACUCGAACGUGUAUGGCAUGGUGCCUUUUCUCAAUGCUAUAAUGGGGACCAUGUUGCCCAUGCUGGGUAUGGCCAAACAGGACAACAUGAAAUGGGUUUUUUCUUCCGCGCUCUGCCGCUUCAGCGAGAGCAUUCUAGAGUAUCUGGCCAAUUUGGACAAGGCUCCUGACCCUACAGUACGUAAAGACACCUUCUCCAGUGAGAUCUACUCAGCCUAUGACAUUCUGUUCACCAGCUGGAUUCAGAGCCGAGAGCCCAAGCUGCGUCUUACUGUGGCAGAGGCCGUUGGGUCAAUGAGUCACCUGAUGGCUCAUGAUAAACUGGAAGAACAGCUUCCCAAACUUCUUCCUACUAUACUUGGUCUCUACAAAAAGAAUGCAGAACACUACAUCAUUAGCAAGAGUCUAUGUCAGAUUCUGGAGGCUUCUGUGAAUAUGGGGAGCAGAGUGUUGGAGACUCAGAUUGAUGGUCUUUUACUCGCUCUGCACCAGCAGAUAUGUUCACCUGUGGACUUCAGCAACCCUCCAACUGUGAAAAAUCACAAUGAGGUCCUGCGAUGCUUCAGUAUCCUUGCAAACACGUUCCCGGACCGUCUGAUGGUGUUUGUUCUCCAGAGGCUGGAGAACAGUAAUGAGAGGAACAGAAUGGGCUCUCUGGCUGUGCUCAGGCACCUCAUCAACUCAUCCACCUCCACUAUGGAAACCAAGAAGCUUCUGAUUCUUGCCAGCCUUAGACAACCUCUGGCUGACCACAGCAAUAAGGUGAAGAAGAGAGUGGUUCAGGUGAUCAGUGCCAUGGCUCAUCAUGGAUAUCUGGAGCUGGAUGGAGGAGACCUGCUUGUUCGGUUCAUCGUCCAGCACUGUGCUCUACCAGACACUUACAAUCGUGGUCAGAGACCCCCAGAUCCAGAGGAUGUGACCAAUGAGGAUCUGCGGAGCAUGUGCGACAACACACUGCAUCUUUUCACUACUACAGUGGGCCGACUGACUGACGUUCUGUGGCCGAUGCUGCUUUGCUACCUCACCCCAAACCAGUAUGCCGAUGCCACAACCCCCCUUUGCAAGAGUUUAAUCCUGCUGGCCAAUAAAAAACGAGCGGGACAGGAACCCAGCUUCAUCAUUGACUUCGACGCACGAGCGUCCAGCCUUCCCUCACAGUACAUUCUGAUGAUAAGACUCAUGGUUAACGCCGCAUUCCCGUUUCGAUGUCGUGGGCACGGCGCUCCCUCCCUGAGUCUGCUUAAUGCAAUCGGUCCUAACAUUCACCCGAAAGCUGAAGCGCUGUGGGGAGACCAGAUUCCUAAGCUGCUCAAUUACCUUGAAGAGUCUAUAAAAGAAUCAUUGGACCAAAAGAAUUGGGAGGAGAGUUUACUUCAGCUCCUGUCUAAAACUCUGGCAGUCAUUGAUGACAGCAGGUGGACCAAUCAGCUCGCAGUGGAGACCACACGAUACCUCCCGACUUAUAACAACUCACUGGAGGAGAAGAGUUUUUUGUAUAGGUGUGUUGGCGUGAUUCUUCAGCAGUGCUGUAAUAAAGAGUUGGUCAGGAAACAGCUACAAGAAAUCCUGAUCAGCGCUCGGCACAAUGAUGCGGUUGAAAGAACGGGUGUUGCCAUGGCAAUCGGUCUGUGCGCCAGCAGCCAUCUUGAAGGCACUCUUGAAAAACUGGAGGAGUUUGGGAGAUCUGAUGCUUUCAGGAAAGCUUCAGGCAUAUUUGGUCUUCUCAAAGAUAAAAAUGAUGUUGAUGUGGAGAAAAUGAAAAGCACACUGAUUUUAUGUUAUGGAUAUGUAGCAUUACACGCACCAGAAGAUCAGCUCCUCACUCGCAUUGAUUGUGACAUUCUCCAUAACAUCUCCAAGCACUUCAACACGAAGGUUCUGGGAAUUAAAGUAGAGACCAAGGAUCUGACUAUGAAGCUCAGUCUCAUUCACAGCGUUGGACUCAUUGCUAAAGCCAUAAGCACUUCUGUCCGAAAACAGGGCUUCCAGUUCUCCCGCAAACAGGAGCUGAUGGGUGUUAUGAUGGAUUUCAUCAAAGCCGAACCAGCUGAUGUCAUGCGGACUUCUGUUCGCUAUCUAGUUUUGACCACAUGUGCCAACCUCAUAAAUUUAGACCCUCCUUUGACAGAAAAUGAAAACUUGGACUUGUUAAAAACGUGUUUGAAAGGUGUUUAUGGGCUUCCUACUGCAGACACGCCAGAUAAAGCUAAAGAUGAAGAAGCCCUGGAUCCACAACAGAAAGAGGUCUUGUAUACAGACACCUUUAACGCUCUUCAUGAAUUGCUGAGAAAUGUGUUACAUAGAGAUAUGAGUCCCGAUGGUCUUCAGUUUGUGUUGAAGCAUGUAGAGAGCUGGUUGAGCUCGGGGCAGGACCAUGAGCGGGAGAGGGCAGUAAAGACCACCGCGGAGUUACUCAAGUUUUACUUGGACAAUCUCAAUGUGAAGAAUUUAGUCACGUUCCAUAAUUUGGGCGCUCUUUUGGGACGUUUGGCCCCAAGGUGCACGGACCCAAAUCCUGAAGUGCGGCGGGCAGCCAUAGACUGUGUCUAUAGUCUACUGUACAUUCAGCUGCGUUAUGAAGGCUUCUCAUUGGACUACAAGGACGAUUCAGUCGAGAACUUGUUAGAUAUCCGUGAGAAACUAAACAAUCCUGACCAUUCCGUUUUGUACAAAACAUGCUCUGAGCUGACCAAGAUCAUCGGUAAGCGUCUGCCGCAGCAGCAGUUGAGCACCCUGCUGUUCAUGCUGUUCGAUGGCUUGGUGGAUUCUCAGUCCAACUGCUCCAGAGCUUCCAGCGUGAUCCUCAACACCCUGCUGAAGAACAGAGGUGCUGGACUGCAGGAUCUGGUGCCAGAGAUGUUAGAGGUGUUACACAAUCGGCUUCAGGUGAUCACUGAGGAGCAGGUGAAGGUGGCCGUCGGUCAGUCUAUCCUCAUCCUCGCCACACAGCAUCUGCAAACUCUUGUAAACACGCUUGUCGCCUACCCACUGCCUUACGACAGUUGGUGUUGUGAGAUGUGGGUGGCUCUUGGAGCAGACAGCACUUUGGCCCUGCAAAUCAUGGAGAUAAUUGUUGAGAAGCUGAACGUUAUGGUACCCUAUGUGGACAAGAAGGAGUCCAUGCUAAGGCCCGGCUUGACCAAAGUUGCCACAAGUCACCCGCUGGCUAUGACAUGUGCUCUGCGUGAGAUGAUGCUGAAUGGUCAGUCAGCAGACGCGGUGGCCGCUUUCUUUCCAAAGCUCUUCAGCGUUCUGCUGGUGCGUCUGGCAUCCAGCGUGGGAGUUCAGCUGCCCAAAGACCUCAACAGCAACAGCAUCAUCUCCGACCGCAAAACCACCAGCAAAAACCACAUGGCUAACUUUGAUGUUGGCGGAGUGGCGGUAGAGGCCCUGCGGAUCCUGUUGGCUCGAGCUCAGCUGGACGCUGUCAUGAAACCAUUAGAUCAGGAGGGAGCCUGGGACAAAAUGAAGGACCCACAGCAGCACACGACAGGUGUCACGCUGCUCUCCAGAGCAAUGGCAAAGCAUGCUGGUCCACGACUUCCUGCCAUUGUGGAGAGUCUCUGUCCUUCUCUCAAUAAUAUCUAUGAGUGCCAGAGGAUAACAGUCACAGCUUUCUUCUCCGAGCUGUUGAAUCACCACGUUGCGACGGAACUGAUGAUUUUGGACAUGUUAAUGAACAACAUGAUGGAGAGAAUAACCGACCCGUGCAGUACUGUCCGUAUGCUGGCGGUCCGCGGCCUGGGGAACAUCGCUGUGGGUUCACCCGAGAAGGUGAAUAAAUAUGCGAAGGAGCUUUUAGCAGCCAUGAGUUCAGGUAUGGAGGAGAAUGACGAUCCAGGAAAACAAAUCACACUGGAGGCCAUGUCGGGCAUGUCCAAGAUACUGCUUUACCUGGACCCGAAGAAUGUCCACCUGCUUGUGGUUUACAUCUUCAUGAAAAUCAAACCGUUUUUGGAGAAUGAGAACGAUGAGAUCCGAUGUGCUUCCAUCGUGCUCCUGGGGAACCUGUCGAAGUUCGGCAUGGGUGAGCCUGUCUUUAAGGACCAGAUCCACAAUGUUCUGGUCAGCCUGCUGAUGCACCUCAGUGAUCCAAACCCUCAAGUGGUGAAGGCCUGUAAGUAUGCCAUGCGCGUGUGCGCUCCGGUCGUGGGUUCAGAACAGAUCUCCACCAUGUUCCUGAAUCAUCUCCAUGAGGACAAGGGUCUGCAUUAUGGAGAGUUCAUCAAUGACCUUACCAAAUACCUGAUCCAGGAUUUUCCGGGCAUGCUGAACUUUUACCACAUCACAGUGAUUCAGUUCUUCAAGAGUAACUGGUCAGAGAUCAGAGCAAGUGCUGCCAUGUUCAUCGGGUUUUUGCUUGGGAACCUUCCGGAGGAGCACUUCUCUCACAUGAAUAUGGGAUCAGUGACUAAGGGUCUGGUGAUGUUACUGCAGGAUCCAGACCCCCUGGUACGAGUUAAAGCCGCUGAGGCCAUGGGUCAUUUCCACUGAUGUCAUUUCCGUUCUACAAUCACCAGAUUAGUCUUUGAAUUUGAAUGUUGUAGCAUUUGAUUAUGGAGAUACACUUGAGUUAUUGUUCUAUAAUAAACCUUUAAAGGUUGUUAUUGUCGACCAAAGACUGUGCAUUAGUUCUGUAAGAAUUCUGUAAGAAAAGAGAAUAACAACAGUAGAAUACACAUGUUGAACUUAUAGCACUUUUAAGUAAUGUCAGAUAUGUGGUGUGUGGUUUGUACCGUGGUUUAUUUUACUAGCGUCGGGUUUAAAUGCAUUGUAGUACACUACGUAGCAAAAUAAUUAUGUCAGAUAAACCUAAAAAUCUUGUAUUAUUUUUCUGCAUUGAUUUUGGUGGGGAAAAUCUGGAUUUGAACAUGGUAAAGUGUGUUAAAUGAAUCUUGCUGUUGGUUAUAGAAUCAUAAAACAGUUAUUUAGCCAAUCGUUUUGAAACAAGCACACUCGGGUGUAGUUUUGCAGUGACCACACGUCUAUGAAGUACAAACCUGGCAGCGCUUUGAAUAAAAAAGAGAUUUAGGGAAUAAUCCUGUACAUACUUGAUAGUGCUGAUAUUACAAGCUUGCUUUGCUAUUCGUGUAGCGUGCAUAUCAACACUUUAAUUCGUUUCAAAUGUGUGGUAUGAAUCAAUAUACUUUAAACUAAAACCGACACUGUUAGGAUCGCGAAGGUUUAGAUUUUAAUCCUAUAAAGAUGCUUUAAGGAGGCAGUUGAGUCAUAUUGACCAUCAUAAACUUUAAGCCUAAUAGGGAAGUGUAUUAGCAUAAGCCCUAAGUCACAUACUGUAACUGAAACCUUGUGUUGUCCCUGUUGUCUAAGAUCAAAAAUGAGAUUUAAAAAAGCAGUAGUGCUCUUUGCUGAUGCAAUAUUCAAUUAUAUUUCAUGCACUACAGCUGACAGUGAAUAAAAGCGUGCUUUCUUAUGGUCCUAGAUGAAGAUUAUAAAUCAAAUAGUGCCAAAAAAGAUCUGAAUGUUGAUAAACGAUACAACAACGGUACUGAUCAUGCAUCUACAUUCGGUAUACAGACUAUCGUAAACAGUCUUUCUGUUCCAUAAGAAAUGUAAUUUACUUUGCUUUUUUUCUUUUCCCUGUACAAUCUUUCCCAAUUCUCUAAUUCGCUCUGAAUUAAGUAGAUUUUUCUUACAGGUAUUUUUCUUGUUCAUAACGAACACACAUUUGAUUUUUUUUUCUUAAUAUUCUUAUUAAAUGCAUGUACUUGCAAUUGGUACUGAAAACAUAAGUAACAAAUUCAUUUUUUUGUAGUGCUGUACAUUAAACGGUACAAUUUAUUGUCCAGUACAGCUGUUUAAAUAGCCUUUAUUAUAGUUUAUAGUCUUGAUUCAUUACAUGAAUCUUGGCAUCAAUUAAUUAUUUAACAAAUUGUUUGUGUUUUGGUGUGAUUUUCAACCCCAUAAUGGCCAACCAUAGUUUGUUCCAUUUUGUACUAAUCAGUAUCUACAACAGUGUGGGUUAAAAAAAUAUUAAAUGUAAAUAUGUAGUAUUAUAUAUAUAUAUAUAUAUAUAUAUAUAAUGUAUAAAUGGUCUGUUUUGUUCAACAUUAUGAAUUUAUUUUGGCACAUUGAGGUAGAAGCUCUGGUUGUAGAGAUAGAGAAACACUCAAAUUUGUUUUUUUCUCAGGGUGUUGAAUAUGUAUAAGCACAAGUCAAUUGGAAAGCACUUACUAUAGACAUAGACCUUUGAUGUAAUGGAAAUGCUUUAUCCAGAGUUUAGCAGUUAGAGGUGGUUAUUCCAUUCAUUCAGAAACCCUGAGCUGUAACGACAUUGGAUUUCAUUUCUGGCGAACAGUCGGAGUGACUGAGAGAUUGUUUUUCCAUCUUGGAUGAAUUCCUGAGCAACCAAGCUGCCACAGCAGGUUUCGCAGGUCUGCUGUCGAGCAUGCUGUUACAUUUACAUCUUCCCAUUGGUUUGUUGAUUUGUUGAUCUUUUAAUAUGUCUGUUGUUUGCUUUUGUUUUCUAUCAUGCAAUAGAGCUGAUGUUCAGAUAAUGGAGUUGAGAAUAUGUACGACUGAAUCAUUAAAGUUAUUAUGACAUGACAAAUGGAACCGUCAUGUUGAUUUAAUCGGAAAUAAUGCUGGAAAAAAGAAAUUUUGCCACGAACACAGUAAUGAUAAUGAGAAAUUGCAAAUCAUGCAAUCCUGCUUUGUGCUUCUCUCACAUCCAGCUUGUUGUUUGCUUGCUUUUAUUAGUGAUACAACUGUACACUUAAGUACUCAAAAAUCAAAGUAGACAGUAAUUCUAAGACAUCAAACCUUACCAGUUGUUUAUACUUUGUAGCAUCCAUCCUAAAAUUCAUAGUAUUGCUGCUUUGGUUUUUGAAGUUUUUUUCACAUUUGUUUUAAACCGAGCAAAAAACGUGGACCUCAGGGACUAUGUUUUGGAUAUAAAAGGUCUACAGUAAAUGUCAACGACUAUAAGUAUAAUCUAAUAAGUAUCCAAUGAAACAUUCCAAUCAGAUAAGAUUAAAUCACCUUUG